UCUGGACACCGAAGAUUCUUCUGAGAAUGCAACAAAUGCAUUGUUUGCCUGCCCCUUUUCUGAAAGUACUACUGACAGACACAAAUAAGAAAAGAGUUUAGAAUGUGGUGACCACAUCACCAGUGAGAUAAGGAAAACAUAAUUACAGCAGGUGUUGCUGUGCUCGGAGGAUACAAAGGUCAGGAAUGUGUAUCUGGUUUAUAGGUGGAACUUUGGUCCUCUGCUUCAAGUGCGCUGCGUUUCUUUGUAUUAGGACAUAAAACAUCGAACUGCGAGCAAAAAGAGACACCAUGCUCAGGAUCUGUCUUCUCGCCUGUGUUUCCUUAAUAUUUGGUGUCACAGCAAAACCCUGGUCUUCAGAUGCAGGAUUACAGGAUACUGUGAUGUCGGAGGACAGAGGACGGAUCCCUCGGGGAGUUGAGGUGGAACCCCCGGAGGACAUGGAUGAGACUGACUAUGACAUUGACCCUAAAAUGAUGAUUUGGAGCAAGAUGGAUAAACAGCACGAGAAGGCCGAAGCAGAUUUGGAUGAACUGUACCAUCCUUCGAUGGCUGAUCUUCUCAAAGCCCAGAAUUUUGUCCCUGCUGCUGACAUCCAGGAAGAGCCUGUGCAGGAAGAUGAUAUUAUGAAGUACAAUGAGCGACCAGAGGAGGACAAGGAUGACAUCGACCACCCUGAUUUUGGUGAAUUGGCCCCAAGUGAACCUGAGCAGGACUGGGAUGAUGUCUACCACAGAGUAGUGGAGGAGCAGGGUGAACAUCUGGCCCCGCUAGCAGUUGAAUACAGAGCUGCUGAACAAGUCCCUGUGGGAUACUCUGAACCAGAGCAGGAUGAGGAUGGCCUGUAUCAUCAUGACAACCAGCCUGCACCUGUGCAGAUGGAGCUGCUGCUACGUGAGGUCCAGGAUAAAACUGAGGUCAGAGUUCACCUUCAGCCAGAGGAAGACAUGGACGACCUGUACCACAGAGACCCACCGCAGCCCAUUUCUUACCAAUAUGUUGCUGAAGCUGCUGCUGAUUUGCCUUUUCAGAGGAAGUACAGUGAACCAGAGGAAGAUCUGGAUGAAAUCUACCACCACUGAUGCCUCCAACAGACACAGAGGUCAACCCUCAUGUCAAAUCAGACAAAGAUCAUUCACUUUGUGGUAUAAGUACUUCUACUACUACUAAUUCCAAGAUGUUAAGCGCAUGCAUGACUGUGUGCCAUUUAAUUAUGUACAGCACAAACACAAUAUGAAAUCAUAUCAGUCUCAAGUAAACUGGAAAUUGUUUUGGGGAUGAUUGAUAUUGAUUUGCCUCUUAUGUUGAGAGCAGAACAAAAAAGAAAAUCUGCUUUUUAUUAUCAUUUGAGACAUUAAAGUUGUGCCUGAAACAGUCA